AUUUGAAGUCCACGACUAAAGGGCUGAGAGAGUCGGAUGAUAGAUCAAAAGUGACAUCAUGUUGGCCUGAUAUAGCUCAGAUUCUGGAGAUGACAAAACACAAGCCCGCGAAUGGGCGAUGUCCUAAUUCCUCAAUUUCUCAUCCCUGGCAUCGUCAACGUCCCUAACGUCCCCGGUCAGCCCAGAAGUAAAAAAGCGCCCGACGGGAUGGUUCGAUGGUCCCACACGAUAUCACGCCAUCAUCGCUUCACUCCUGCAACACAAGUCGGCCUUCUACAUCAUUGUACAUGGACAUACCUAGUACAUACAUAUAUAAAACUCCAUUCUGCAGUAGGAAAUAUUUUUAGAAUGCCAAUUGAAAAUUAUCGAUUAUUAAAUACCAUUUUGUCCAUCACGUACCUAGUAUAAUCCAGUUGGAUUACAAGGGCUUCUAUUUCCAUACCGUAGUUUACCUAGGUAUUUACCAAUCUCACGAUGGGACCAUUAGCACGACCCAGGCAACAUAUUGAUCGAAAAGAUCUGUACACCAACCUCGAAGCCCGGAUUCAAUAUCUUCACUCCUUCAUCGACUUCAGUUCAAAUGAUAUCGAAGCUUUGAUGACAGGGUCCAAAUACAUAAAGCAACUUAUCCCAGCCAUCGUCAAUAUUGUAUAUCAAAAAUUGUUGCAGUACGACAUCACAGCACGCGCGCUCCAAACCAGAAGCACGAGUUACGAUGGACCCGUGGACGACAACCUCGACGAGAAUAGCCCUCAGAUCCUGCAUCGUAAGAUGUUCCUGAGGGCGUAUCUGGCCAAACUAUGCUCCGACCCCAGUACUUUGGAAUUCUGGGAAUAUCUAGAUAAAGUCGGCAUGAUGCAUACGGGGCGUGGGCGUGAGCACCCCCUCCACGUGGAAUACGUUCACAUAGGCGCAUGCCUCGCUUUCAUCCAGGACACUCUCACGGAAGCUCUUCUCUCUCAUCCCCGAUUACGGAUGGAUAAGAAGAUUGCUCUAGUCAAGGCUAUCGGUAAGGUGAUCUGGGUUCAAAACGACCUAUUUGCGAAGUGGUACGUCCGAGAUGGUGACGAGUUUGCCGAAGAGAUGGAGAAGCAGCAGGUGGAGCCGGAAGGCUUCCUGCACGGAAAGAAGAUACUGGAUGAUAUUGAAGAAGGGCUACCUUCGUCGCCAACCUGCCCCUUCUCAGGACUGUCUGCCGUGGAAAAAGCCGAAGCCUGUACCGGAUGCGGCGACAAGGGGGAGAAGGAGAACGGCUGCACAUCAUCGUUGCCAAUCCGAUCACAUAUAGAAACAAGUUGAGGC